CAAAAACACACACUUUCAACUCCCUAUUUUCUUCAUUACUUCAUUCAAUCUCUCUUCAAUUAUCUUAUUGCUUUUCUGAGGAUAAUAAGCACUUUCACUAUUGUUGAGCUUAUUAAAAUUGGUGAAGAACAAGAGUUGUGGCAAUAGAGCAAAGUAAAGAACAGCAUGCGGUGGUUUUGUCUAUCUGUUGACGUCUAUCGGAAAGUCAUCUCCUUGAACUUGUAUUGCCGUGUCAUUCUGUAAAAAUAUACCCUUUAAAAAAAAAAAACAGUUCAGAUAGAUUAAUCAAGUCUUCAUUAAAAUCACUUCCAUGGCAUCCACACGUUUCAUUGUCAUAUCCUGUUACGUUCUCAGGAUCAGCUAAAGUUUCUUGAAUUUAGUCACUUCCAUUUUAGUCUUCUUUAGCAUUCAGCCUUACUUUUAGUCUUUGUGAGAAUAUUUCUUUAGCGUUCGGUCUUUGUGUUUUGUGGGGAGUGAUUUGCCUCUGCCAUUUCUGCUGGAAGAAUUUCUUUGUGGUGCUUCAAUCAUUUGCUUGAGGGAUUGUUCGGAAUUAGUUUGUUUGUUGAUUGUUUCUGCUGGAAGAUUGAGGUGUUGUAUUGAGUGAAAGUGUUGGGAAAAAGUAGUUAUGGUAAGCCAAGCAGCUAGUCAGACGAGAUUUCGGGCAUUAAAACACGAAACUGGAAUUGCUGGGUCUGCCACCAUAAUAGUUAGAGUUAUAGCAUGCUUUCAACCUCUCCAAGAUUGCCAGGCUGAAUAUUUCCGUCAUUUGCUUAAGCCAGUUACGUAGAUUGAUCUUUCUAGUUACCGCGUUCAUAUUAAACUGGAGUUUUUAGUUUUUUCUUUGUUUAGCAAGAGUGCAAGCAAUAAACAGCAAUUAGUUUCACAGUUUUUUUAGAGCUGGUGAUUGUUGAGGUUGAAUGGAAAAGGACUUCGUAUCUUCAUUCCGUCAGCAGUAUUCAGAUCUGCGGUUAACCCAUUUGAAUUUUUCCUAUCCACGAUUUGAUAUAGGGCAGCAGAAUUCUUUUCCUACUUACAUGACUCCUCUGUCAAAUGAGUUUCCUAUUAAUGGAAAUUCUCCAUUUUUCACAUUUUCCGGGCUGCCAGAGUCAAAUGCAAGCCGGCCAACAGAACCUUGCAAUUGGUUAUAUUGUUCGCCUCAGUUUUAUCAAGGUUUUAAUCCUGUUUCGACCACUUUACCCAAAGAGAAGUUUGCUCCUCGAGCACUUGAAACUCUUGCAGGUAACAAAUAUCCUAAUGGAGGCAAGAGAUUCCUUGUGUUUGAUCAAUCUGGUGAUCAGACAACUUUGAUCUAUAGUUCUGCUAAUGCUACUCCUGUACAAUGCCCGGCUUCUUUGAAUCCAAAAGCCCCUGCCCUUUAUCCAGAGAUUAGAAGAAAGGAAGUUUCUCCAUCUGGGCAUUUCUUCGGUGAUGAAUAUUACGAAGAAAACAACAGACAUGAUGUCGAAAGUGAAAUGCAUGAGGAUACUGAAGAACUGAACGCCCUACUCUACUCUGAUGAUGAUUCCGAGGAUGAUGAAGAAACAAGUACUGGUCACUCCCCCAGUACUAUGACCGCCCAUUGUCUGCCAGAGUGGUUUGACGAAAGGGGUGAAGAAGAAGUAGCUAGUUCUGGUGGGCCAACCAAAAGGCAUAAAUUGUUAGAUGGUAGCUACGAUGCACCAGAGCUCAGGGAUACUGCCACGUCAGCAAAAGCCUAUACGUGCUCCGACUUAGAGGAUGAUGCACAAUCCACUUGUGGCAAUGGCCUUGACCAAGAUUCAGGGAAAAAGAGGCUAAGAAAAGAUAAAAUUUGCGAGACAAUAAGCAUUUUGCAGGAAAUAAUCCCUGGAGGAAAGGGAAAAGACUCAAUCGUUGUUAUUGAUGAAGCAAUCUGUUACUUGAGAUCCCUGAAGGCAAAAGCCAAGUCUCUAGGACUUGAUUCUCUUUGAGUUUCAGCUUGCCCCUGGUCGUAUUAUUACGAGUUAUUAAUGGUCGGAAGUACGCGUUAAAGGUUAUUGAAUUGAAUAAAGCAGAAUUAGUGUUUAAAUGGUUUGGCAAAGUGUGGUUGAUCAGAAUAUGCCAUAAAAAUAGUAAACCAGAUUGGAGAAUCCCUUAAGAGUCUUUAUUCCAUCAUUCUGUUGGAACCAACCAUUGGCUGUGGCUUUGAAAAUCGGUGGUCGUGUCGUAUUCAUGUCUUCUUUUUAGAUAAGGAGGGAAAGAACUUCUAGUCAUGCUUCCGUAAAGGGUGGUAAAUCAUGAGUUCAUAUCUUGACCCCUAAGAGAAAAGUUGAUUCUGCCCUUUGGGAAUGUGUUUUUGCUUGCCCACAUAAUUGUUCGCUCGUUGUGUGAACGAUAUAAGGUGAAUUGUUACCUCAGUAGGACCCUGGAAAAGUUCCAGUUGCACGCUUGGUGGCGAAUUUGGGUCCCAAACCUCACUUUCUUGCUCUUUUUUUAUUUUUCAUUAAUCCUGAUUCCUGUCACAUUAAUCCCUCUUGGCCGGGCAUUUCCUUUUCUUUUCUAAAGGCAGGCGAUUGCAUGGCGAUGCGCCUCUCUUUUGGUUACAUCAGGUAUAUGUUGUGCUCUUCUGAGGUGAAAUGGAUCAAGCCAAUCUUGUCAAAAGGACUUGGAGAAUAUCAUGUUUGACACAUGACUAGUUUGAGCUGCUUCAUAUGGAAAUCUUGGUUGUGUAAAAUUUUUAGUACUAUAUAUGUGGUUGUGUAAUAUCAUGUUGUGGUGUUUGUUUGUAUUGUGGAGAAUAUUAAAUGUGUUUGGUGGU